AUGACAAGCCUCACCGAAGAGCAUGAAAUAUUAAUUGACGAGCCACCACAGUUUACAGCGGCUGCAGAAGUAAUAGCAGUAGGAGCAGAGGAACCAACGGUAGCAACACCAGAAGAAUUUACAUCAGCACAAGAGGCGGGUGCAUUUUUACAAACGCCAGUGGGCACACCUCCAGCAACCCCAACUUCAGUUCCAACGACACCGUCACCGAAUGAAAUGGCUGCCAAACACGCACGAAAGCGAUGGCGAAUGGAACAAUUGGCCCUUCAAGAAAGUGUUAAAGUUGUUGAGAGCGAACCCAUCAGCAGGCGGGGACAUUCUCGUAAAGCGGAAAUGAGCGAAUUUGCAAUCACAAAAGCUGCAACAUUAAACACAGCGCCAACACUCCUGCCAAUGUCACCUAACAUAAUAGAUACGAAUGUAACGAUGUUGGGAACAAAACGAGUUCCGCUGGAUAAUUUCCUAAAAGUAACGGUGCUUCACCCCAAAGUUACUCCAGUGAACCUAAAGUUAGAAUUUAUCGACCCCGUAUUGGAGCCUGUUCAGUUAUCCAGACAUCAGCUUGGGAAUAGGGUGACGCCUAAUGAAGGAGAAGGGGGAGGGAUGAGUGUUAAAAAGAAAAGGGGAAGGAAACCAUUAGUUGCGUCUCCUUCCAUUGAAGAAGCAAAAGCAGUGGAAUCGGGUUACAAUGCAGAGUAG